CGGGGUAAUAUAAAAGCUUACAUUCAGAAAAAGAGCAGGGUAUAAAACCAAGCUUCACGGCUUCCUUUAGCCAGAGGAAGACGCCGUCUUUCCAUCGCUUUCCUUUUCUCUGUACGUUCUUGGAGGCUGUGGUCAGGCUACAGACUACAAAGAGCUCUUUGUCUGGCCCCUGCUAUGUAGGGACCUGCUGUGGGCUCUGUGUGUGUAAUGGGAUUGGUCAGAGUGUGUAACCAAGUGGGAAAAAGGCUCGAUUCUGAAAAGACUUCACCGAGAAGUAGAAACGCGUUCAGAUGCUUUGCAGAUGUUCUCAUUAAAGCGCACACACAGAAACACACUUCAAAAAUGCCAGCCUAUUUCCAGACUCAUCUUAUACUUCUCCUGUUUGUCGUGCAACUGAUGCCAAUCAAUCCCGUGGCAGAAGAUGGGACACUCGGUAAAAACAGGAAGAGGCUAAACCCAGUGGUCCAUACAGAAGCACCAGAGCUUGACCCAAUCAGUGAUGCUUACCGAUACUGCAACCUGCCUAAUCUCACAGAACACACCCGUGAGGGUCACAGUCCGGCGGACUACAAGCUGCUGUUUGUGCAGGUGAUGAUUCGUCAUGGCGACCGUUACCCGCUCUACUCCAUCCCUCAGACCAAGAGACCAGCCAUUGACUGCACACUGUCACCUCACAGAAAGCCCUCUCACCCUCUACUGGCCUCCUUCAUUAGUCACAUGGCACAGGGUGGGCGUGGUCACUGGGAUGCAUCACUGGGUUCACUGGCCCGAGUACCCAAUCACAGCACCUGUGAGCUGGGAGAGCUCACACAGACAGGUGUGGUCCAGCAUUUAAAAAACGGCGAGCUCCUACGCCAGGUUUACCUCAAGCAUCACAAGCUGCUUCCUCCUGAUUGGUCGUCGCAGCAACUGUGGGUGGAGACCACCGCUAAGAGCCGUACCCUGCAGAGCAGCUUGGCUCUGCUGUAUGGUUUCCUGCCCAGUUUCGAUUGGUCAAAAGUGAUGGUGCGGCACCAGAGGAGCACUAUGUUCUGUGGCUCGUGGUGUGACUGUCCAGCACGGAACCUCUUUCUGGAUGAAGAGCAGCGGCGUCAAUACCACCUUCGCAUCUCUAAUGCUGAACUCGAGCACACCUAUGUCGACAUGGCAAAGGCUUUGGGCGUGGCCACACGCACGAUGCGGGCAGCCAAUCCGAUAGACGCGCUGCUGUGCCACCUUUGCCACAACCUUCCAUUUCCUUGUGCCAGCCCAAAUUCAUUUCCUUCAUUGGAAAAUGGGGCGUGUCUAACCCUGCAGCACUUUGCUGUGAUUCGCCAGCAGCAGAGAGACGACGAGCGGGAGCGGAAGAAGGCGGGGAUUUAUCGGCGUUUUGCCGUGCUUGCAGCUUAUCCUUUCCUGAACCGGACAGCAGUACACAUGGAAAGAGCUGCUCGCGACAACAGCGAGCCUGUCUUCGCACUAGCCUCUGCCCAUGACAUCACCAUGGCACCAGUGCUAAGUGCCCUGGGCCUGGAAGGGGCAGGGUUUCCACGUUUCGCUGCUCGCUUGGUGUUUGAGCUGUGGAAGAGUCCAGAUGCAAAGGUGAAGGGAACACGAGGAGGUGUAGCGAAUGCUUACGUGCGUGUGCUCUAUAACGGAGAGGACUUGACCUUUGAAACCGCCUUCUGCCGCGACCAUGACCGCCACUCCACUCAGCCGCUGUGCCCUCUGGGUAAUUUCUUGUCCUUUGUCAGAAGGGACAUGUUCAGCAUUGUGAACGCCACCAGCUAUCAUCAAGCCUGCCAUCGAACCUAUUAAUAGGGAGACAGAUGGAUGCAAAGUAAGACGGAUAGAAAGAACUGAAUAUAUGUUUUCUGUAUGUAGUAGUUUGAUUGCGUUUCACUUUGAAUAACACUGCCAUUUAAUGCCGUGCUAACCAUGUUGCCUGGAACAUUUCAAGUUGGUAUCACAAGUUCAUGUGCAGUGAUGCAGUGUCUUGGGGAUUCAUCUGAUUUGCACAAUUGUGUUCCAUGGAGUUAUCUCUGCUGUACACAGUCUCGUAUCUGUAGCCAAACAAUCCUCAACAAUUCCACUCAACAAAAAGUCUUGAGGCCUGUUCACACCAAACACGAUUUUUGUUGUUGUUUACGUUUUAAAAUUAACACAUGCAUGUCUCCAGUCUUAGAAAAAUAGUUUCCAUUUGAUUUGUCCCUCUGAGGGAACCAUUAAAGGUUCUAAGAUCCGUACGACAGACGGCACUUUUCAGAAAAGAUCUCAAUCCAUUAGUACAUGGAGACUGACUUUGGCAAUGGUUUGUCCAAUGGUUUCACUCCCCCCCCCUUCUCUGAUGCUGACUCGAUUUUUUUUUUCUUUUUCUCAAUGCCACAAAACUUCACCAACCAGGUUCUCUUGACAUUCAAGGCCAUGAAAAUGACCGCAGAAAAUUUGUCACUUUUUCUGUCAAAGCUUAGAGUGAAAGUGGCUCCACCAAGACAGAGCUAAAGCAAACAGUGUGUUUGUUUAAUUAAAGCUCUGUUUAAUUCAGUAGGAAAUAAUGAAAUAAGAAUCUGAAAAUCGUGUUGUAGUGCUCGAGUUUGGUCUCAAGCCCACUUUUUGAAGGUCUUGGUCUCGUCUCGGAAUCGACCGCGUUUUUACUCUGUCUUGUCUCAGUCUCAGACAUAGAGGACUCAGGAUUUAAUUUCAAGACCACAGCUGUAGGGAUUUCACUGAAUUGCCUGUGUAUUGUCUGAUUUAUUUGUUCACAUCGUUACUGUGAUUGGAUGUAAAACUUCCUGCUUUAAAUGCAACCAGUAACGUGACUCAGUGUUAAUUUGAAAUUUCCGUUACUGUUAAUGGCAGUCAACCCUCCCUGCCCCCAUUUGCACACACUGGUCUGGUCCUGGUCUUGACUCGGUCUUGCCCUGCCUUAAGCCUGGCGCACAUGGGCGAUUUUCCGUUGCUUGGUCGUGCAACUUUUUGACGCAAGCGAAAAGUUGCUUAGUGUGUGGAUAUUUCUGAUGGUGAUUUGUUGCUUGCGACAGAUCGCAGGUAUCAAACAUACUUGAUAUUCUGCGACAAAAAAAUAGCCAGUCGCUGACUUGUUGCAGAGAUAUCGCCACGUGUGCGUGUCUUUGUGAAACGAAGCGAUCACCUUUGGAGAUCGGCUAAGCCAAUCUCCGCCCGCGAAGUAGUCUCCCUCCCCAAAUCGCCCACUGGUCACAGAUAACGUGCACACGUAGCUACCUGAGACGGGAAACUGGCGUCCAAAAUUCGCAAUACGCUUGCGACCAGAAGUCGCCCGUGUGCGCCGGGCUUUAGUUUUGGACUUGACUUGAUCUCAACCUUUCGAAGUCUUGGUCUUGUCUGAAGACCUCAACGUCUUGAUUAGUUUGUUCAUUUGUUGUUUUGUCAUGUUCGUUGAUGGUUCAGCUCGGGAAUUUGUAUCUGAACAGUUUGUUUAUGGUUGUAAACUUGCAUAUUUCACACUUUUGUGAUGUUUAGUAAUCUUGUGUUCAUUGUGAAUGGGUCUUUUACUUAUCCUGUGGUCUACAUCAGCAUUUCUCAACCUUUUUUUCAGUCACGGCACCCUUCAGAAGUAUGCAAAUUCUCAAGGCACCCCCAUAUAAAAUAUACGCGUAAAAUAUAUGCUGAUCAUACACUGACCCCGGCAGUGAUGUUGUGACAUGGGAAAGGGGGCCGUGAGACAAAUUUUGAUGACGCAUGAGGUGGCGAUGAUCUGCAUUAGUAUAACUAUUGUUUUUUGGAAUUUUCAUUUUAUUUAUUUCAAUGUUAGAAUAUUCAAUGUUAGAAUACCCCUAACGAAGCCAGACCGUGGCACCCCGGUUGAGAAAGGCUGGUCUACAUUCACAUAAAUGUCCAUUGAGUGUGGACAUGAUCUAGACAGGAACUGUAGACUGUAAUAUACAGACAAGGAAAAAUAUAAUUUCUCUACUUUUAUUUCUUAAUCUUUCAUUAUCGCCCUCGUCUGGUGAACAUACCGUAAUCAUAUGGUUUUGCGAUUCUCAAAGAAGGAACUGUGUUUGAAGCCUGGGCAGCUUCAUCCUGGAUAAAAGCAAUAUUGUGCGUGCAGUAACAUAUCGCUGUAUAGUAUAAUUUCUCACUGGCACAUAUCUAUCAAAAACAGACAGGAGUGAAUGAAUCAUUUACUGCCUGUUUAAUUUACGCUCCAGAUCAGGUUUGUUCUUUGAGCUCAUUUGAAUAUAACGGUAACUUGCUCAAACCAUGCUGUCAUGGAAAUCUGGAUUGAUCUUGAGGUCACUUCUGCUGCUGUUUUAAUGUAUUUAAAUGAUACUGACGCUCUUAUUCUGUCUUAAAGCAGUGACCUGGACCAUCCGUCAAACUUGUUUGCCAGUUUUGCACAUUAUUUCUUUUUGUUCCUCUUCGAUGAAUCCACCUAUCUGUAGCUAUUGAGGUAUUUCACCUGACGUCACAGGGUCAUGUGACGCCCCGGUGUCCGCCAUUUUGAACGUCAAGCUAGCUAAUGUCAACAACAGUAGCUGGUAUGUUAC